GAAGCGCUGGCGGUGUGCUCUCAUGGCGGAACAGUCCGGGGUCCAUAGUUAAGGUUGCACCAUAGAUUUCAGUUUAUUAUUAAUUUCACACUAUUGCCUAGAGCCCAUGGCAGAGAUAGGGAUCCAUUGUGCUAGGCAUGGUACAGACACAUAAUACGAGGCAGUUCCUGUCCCAAAAUGCUUACAGCAUUCAAACAGGCAAGACAGACAAAGGAAAGAUUAAUAUCUCCAUUUUAAAGUUGGGAAGCUGAAGCACAGACAAAUAAAUGAGUGGCUUUACUCAUCCCCAGCUCCAGGAGUCAUGGGAUCCCGUGACGCUCACGGCCGGAGCGCUCCCUGCUAGGAGCGGCCACGCGCCUUGAGCGCACAGGCUGUGGGGGAGGAGCCCGGCUGCGCGAACGCUUCUCUGAGUCCUGCCUUGGGACACCGGGACUACAUCUCCCAGCAGCCCUUGCUCUUCCGGCCGGGGGCGUGCGCAGUCGCGUCUCCAAUGCCGUUCGCCUCGGCGGCGUCGCGCGGGGCGGCUGAAGAUGGCGGCACGCUGGAGCAGCGAGAAUGUGGUGGUGGAGUUCCGGGACUCGCAGGCAACUGCUAUGUCAGUGGAUUGUCUUGGACAGCAUGCGGUGCUCUCAGGCCGCCGUUUCCUCUACCUAGUUAACCUGGAUGUGCCAACCGAAGGUCACCGCAAGAUCUCCCGUCAGAGCAAAUGGGACAUUGGGGCAGUGCAAUGGAAUCCACAUGACAGCUAUGCACACUACUUUGCAGCUUCGAGCAACCAGCGAGUUGACCUGUAUAAAUGGAAAGAUGGUAAUGGGGAAGUUGGCACGUCACUGCAAGGGCACACGCGUGUGAUCAGUGAUUUAGACUGGGCGGUGUUUGAGCCAGAUCUGCUGGUUACCAGUUCUGUUGAUACGUACAUCUACGUUUGGGAUAUCAAGGACACCAGGAAACCUACAGUCUCGCUCUCUGCAGUUGCUGGAGCCUCCCAGGUCAAAUGGAACAAGAAAAACGCCAGCUGUUUAGCAACCAGCCACGAUGGGGAUGUCCGUAUCUGGGAUAAGCGGAAACCCAGCACUGCAGUGGAGUACUUGGCAGCGCAUCUCUCUAAAAUCCAUGGCCUGGACUGGCAUCCGGACAACGAGUACAUCCUGGCCACUUCCAGCCAGGACAACUCUGUCAGGUUCUGGGAUUACCGUCAGCCUCGGAAAUAUCUCAAUAUCCUCCCCUGCCAGGUUCCAGUCUGGAAGGCGAGAUACACGCCUUUCAGCAACGGGCUGGUGACCGUGAUGGUUCCCCAGCUGCGGCGAGAGAACAGCCUCCUCCUUUGGAACACUUUUGACCUGAACACGCCAGUUCACACCUUCGUGGGACACGACGAUGUGGUGCUGGAGUUCCAGUGGAGAAAGCAGAAAGAAGGCUCCAAGGACUACCAGCUGGUCACGUGGUCUCGUGACCAGACGCUGCGGAUGUGGCGGGUUGACUCCCAGCUGCAGAGGCUGUGUGCUAACGAUAUCUUGGAAGGGGUUGACGAACUCAUUGAUGGGAUUGCCCUCCUGCCUGAGCCGGAUAAGACCCUCCACACCCAGGACUCUGAACCCCAGCAAAGCUCCGGGCAUGCAGAUGAAGAAGCUUUAAAGGAAGAUUUCCAGAACGACCUCCUGGUGGGAAGAAAAUCGGACCUGGUGGGAAGAAAAUCGGACCAGCUGGGGCUGCCGCAGACACUGCAGCAGGAGUUUUCCCUUAUCAACGUGCAGAUCCGUAACGUCAAUGUGGAGAUGGACGCAGUGAAUCGCAGCUGCACAGUGUCUGUGCACUGUGGGAACCAGAGAGUCAAGAUGCGGGUGAUGUUCCCGGUGCAGUAUCCCAAUAAUGCUGCACCCUCCUUCCAGUUUGCCCCCACUACCACUAUCAGCUCCACAAUGAAGGCAAAGCUGCUGAAGAUUUUGAAUGACACUUCCCUGCAGAAGGUGAAGCGGAACCAGAGCUGCCUGGAGCCUUGCCUGCGUCAGCUGGUCUCCUACCUGGAGUCUGUUGUGAACCAGGACGACAGCACCUCCAGCAACCCCUAUGCUCUGACGAACACCGUAACACCGCCAUUGCCCACCUUCGCCCGGGUCUCUAAUGCCUACGGCUCCUACCAGGAUUCCAACAUCCCAUUUCCACGGACCUCUGGAGCCAGGUUCUGUGGCGCAGGUUACCUGGUAUAUUUUACAAGACCCAUGACAAUGCACCGUGCAGUCUCUCCUACAGAACCUACUCCCAGAUCUCUGUCGGCUUUAUCGGCCUAUCAUAGUGGCCUGAUCACGCCGAUGAAGAUCCGUACGGAAACCCCAGGCAAUCUGCGCUUGUACAGUGGGAGUCCCACCCGCAGUGAGAAGGAGCAGGUCUCCAUCAGCUCCUUCUACUACAAGGAGAGGUGUUUUCAUGCGCAGAUGUCUCUUCGCUCUGCUCGGCGGCGCUGGUCCAUACAAGCAAUUAACGACUUCCCGAAAUCAAGGAGAUGGAAAAGCAAGCGUGAGGGGACAGAUGCGAAUAACCGACCUAUUAAAGCUGCUGGCAAAGUCAUCAUACAGGAUAUCUCUUGCCUGCUUCCCGUGCACAAAUCGCUGGGGGAGCAGUACAUACUGAACGUCAGUAACAUUCAGGAGACCUGCCAGAAGAAUGCCUCCUCAGCCCUGGCAGUUGGACGUAGGGAUCUCGUCCAGGUCUGGUCACUGGCUACGGUAGCCACAGAUCUCUGUCUUGGACCAAAGUCUGACCCGGAUUUGGAGACGCCCUGGGCUCAACAUCCAUUUGGACGUCAGCUCCUGGAGUCCUUGCUGGCUCAUUACUGUCAGCUCCAUGACGUGCAGACCCUGGCCAUGCUCUGCAGUGUGUUUGAGGCCCAGUCCAGGCUGCAGGGAUGCGUGAGUUCCUCUGGACCCUUCCUUCAGCGUUCCUCCAACGGGCUCUCCCACAGCCGAUAUCCCAGCUUUACGUCUUCGGGCUCCUGUUCCAGCAUGUCAGAUCCUGGACUCAACACUGGAGGCUGGAACAUAGCAAGCAAAGAGACAGAGCACACAUUCACCGCCUGGUGCGAGUCUUCGCCUGACGACCUCCGCUAUGGAAACCUGACGUACGCUGACCACCGGGAGCGCGAGAGAGAUCAACACGACAAGAACAAAAGGCUCCUGGACCCUGCCAACACUCAGCAGUUUGAUGACUUCAAGAAAUGCUACGGGGAAAUCCUUUAUCGCUGGGGUCUACGAGAGAAACGGGCUGAGGUUCUGAAGUUCGUCUCCUGUCCGCCCGACCCGCACAAGGGAAUUGAGUUCGGGGUGUACUGCACUCACUGCCGCAGCGAGGUGCGGGGCACCCAAUGCGCCAUCUGCAAGGGCUUCACUUUCCAGUGUGCCAUCUGCCACGUGGCAGUGCGAGGCUCCUCCAAUUUCUGUCUGACUUGUGGGCAUGGAGGACACACCAGUCACAUGAUGGAGUGGUUUCGCACCCAGGAAGUGUGCCCCACCGGCUGCGGGUGCCACUGUCUGCUUGAGAGCACGUUCUGAGCACAGUCAGUGAGAGCAGAGAGCGUCCCAGAACUGGAUCUAACACUUAUUCCUAAACCACGGUCAGUCAGCUUCUCUCCACAGUAUCUACAGAGGAUGCCUAUGGGGGCUGAAGCAGGGUUUCCUUGCUGUGCAUUGUACUGGUAUUACCAAAUGCUUCCCGUCUUCCAACAUCUUCCCAGGUGUCUCUAGCUAGAAGUGGCCAAACUCCCUGUGCCGUUGCUCGUAAUGCCAUUCUGGGAAAAUCAGGCUCGGCUAGAACGGGUACAUGGCGGGCGGUUCGUCUCCCUGGGGCCGGAGGGAGUGUGUGAAACACCCCCUCUGGAGGGUCUUUCCAAGGGCCUCCUGGGGGGAAGAAGUUGGACAAGAUCAAGUCCCCUGACAAAGACAAUCCUCUUAACUAAGUUAAGGUGAAACUCGUUUCCAGACAGGAGUGAAGUUCCAAUCUUAACUCAGUCUUCAAAGAGCAAAUGGACAAUGAGACUCUGAGCGAAGACAUUUCAAUACCAAGGAGUCAGGGGAGAUUUUUUUAAUGUUUUUUCUGAACUGUGAUUUCUUGGCCUAAUAAAAUUCUGUUAAUCACAUGAAACAAAA